UUAAACUGAAAUGGCAACACUUGUAGUCCAGAGGGGAAAAGUAAAAGCAGCAUAAAUCCAGAAAAUUUUCAUUAUUUUUCCAAUCACAACAAAAUUACCUCAUUGAUAAAUACUACUACUUAAGCCGGAAAAACUUUUAAAAAAUCUAAAUAAUCGUGUAAAAAUGACUGGCUCGUUUAGUGUUAAAAUAAAAUCAAAGAAGGGCCAAUUCAUUGUGAAGGACUUGACGGCUAAAACAACAAUUGGAGAAUUGAAAGCAAAAGUUUCACAAUUAACUGAAGUCAAGGAACCACAGUUGCACAUACUCGCUGGUUUUCCACCACGUCCAUUGGACCUUUCGCAAAAUGCACAUUCUAUAUCUACGGUAGGCGUUAGCAGUGGAGAAACAUUAAUUAUCGAAGAGAAACCAGCAAACACAGCCGAUUAUUGUUUAGAAGAUGACGAAGCCCUUGCCCGUCGAUUGCAAGCUGAAGAAGAGGAAGAGCAACUGCGACAAGUAGUUGCAGAAGCUACUAGGACAGAAGGUGCCAAUGGCCCUCAAGCACCGGUUGAAUUACCUAGCGGUUCCAGUGGUAAUUUUGAUGGAAUUUUACUCAAAAAGGUUGUACCAGCAGAUAAUUCAUGCCUUUUUACGAGCAUACGUUUCGUAUUAAAUGGCAAAAUCGACAACGAAGGCAGUGAAAUGAUGCGACAUAUUAUUGCUCAAGUUGUAUCCGCCGACCCUCAAGAAUUUAACGACGCUGUUUUGGGGAAAUCAAACGCUGAAUAUUGCACUUGGAUACAAAAACCCGAUUCGUGGGGAGGUGCAAUUGAAGUUUCUAUACUGUCCAACUACUAUGGCAUAGAGAUCGAUGUUGUAGAUAUACAAAAUGCAAUUAUCAACCGUUUCGGUGAGGAUAAAAAUUACGGAUUACGGGUCUUCCUACUUUUCGACGGUAUACACUAUGAUCCAUUAUAUAUGGAAACAGUUGGUGGUGGUGCUCCAGCUACUAUAUUUCCAAUCGAGGAAUUGGGCGUGUACCAGCAAGCGGAGCAGUUAGCUAACGAAGCUAAAUCAUCAAGACAAUUCACCAAUGUUGAUAAAUUCUCAUUGCGUUGCUUGCAGUGCGACGUUAUGCUGGUUGGUCAGGUGCAGGCACAGCAACAUGCAAAGUCGACCGGUCAUACUAAUUUUGGUGAAAUUUAAUACGCCGUAAUAUUUAGUUCACUCUAUUUCUUCGCUUUCUUCGUAUUCGCCUAUUACGUACUCACAUCCUAAGACUUGCGAUCCACAGAUUGACUAAAAUUAUCUAAGACAGACUAGAGACAAAAGGGUCGAGCGGUUUUCUUAACAUUAUCUCAAAAUUGUCAUCAUAGCUGCGUUAGAACAUCACAUCUCAUGACAUUACUUAAUUGUUUUUUUUUAAAGAAAUUACUUAUUCAAGAUUUUUGGAAAUUUGUUGAACAAGUUUAAAUCUGCAAAAUAAUAAUAAUAACGAUAUCUUGAACGUAUUAUUAAACGUUCUAUAGUAGCUUAGCUAAUCCAAAAAAAAAGUAGCAUCAAUUGCUUCACGCCAGAAUUUUAAGUAUGUAUAUUUAAGAUGUUUAAAAAUAGUUUGAAAUUAAUAACAAAUUACUCUGGAUUGCGAAUAUGUAAUACCCAAAUGUA